GGGAGGCUUUGUGAAGAGAGACCUCCUGUGUUUGCACGUGAUGGAAAGAAAGAGAUCCUGGGCUCGUGUUUCAGGGCUUCAUUCAGCCUUCAGGGAUGCAGGAGAGGGACUCCUUGUGCCUCUAUAUCUGCUGCUGCCAGGGGGAGCCUUUGGCUGUCAUGCUCAGUGCUCCCAAAAGGUAUCCACCUUCCCAACAAUUAGUGCUAAUCAGUCUUAGGAACCCUGCCUGCAGAGAAAUGCUGAAAACCUCUGUAGGAGAGUUAAUUUGGCAUCCUCCCUCCUGGUGAAUGCUUGUACUGAACAGUCCGUCCAGGCCUCCUGGCAGGUCUUCUAUGGUGGCUGGAAACAUUUGACCUGUUAGAAAUGGAGUAUGCAUCCCCAGACUAUCCCUGGAAAAAUCAUGCCAUCUCUCAGUAUUAUGGUGGGAGAUUUAGCCUGAAAAUCACCUUGCUUGGUUCAGCCAGCUGAGAGGACAAAAUAGUCCUCUGUUUCGACAGGCAGAUAUGGAAGAGGUCAGAAGGUUGAGUGGAAAUUUGAAGAACUGGCCUGCAGCCAAGCUGGAGCUUAUGGAAGGGGGCUAAGUUCAGGCUCAUUACUGCAGAACUUCUGUAAGGCCUUUUAUAAGGGAUCUGAGGUCGAGAUGACAGAACUGAGACCUUUGAUCUACCUUGUGGGAGCCUGAAUAGCUCUUUCUACAGGGUUUUUAUAAUGAACUCAAAUGAAAUGGGAAGUUCUUACAGAAGCCUGGCAGCACCCCAGUGUCUCCAAGUAUUUCUGGGACACCUUAGUCUUUUUUCAUUCACGGUAUUUGCACACAUGGCCAUUUCCAUGCUACCUACUAAAAGUCUUUGUAUGCUCAUGUCUCAAAGCCACCAUUACAAGUCUCUCAUUUUUCUUUUCCACCUCCUGGCUUAUUUCUUAUUUGCACAAGAGCUUUUCCAUUACCGGGGGCAGUUUAGGGCUGCUUACUGCUUUUGCAUUUCAUAAUGGCAAGGCUAGGGGAGCAGCAAUGUGGCUAAACCAAGGUUAUAUGGGAAUAUCACUCCUAUGUCUUGCUGUUCAUCUCCACAUUGAAAUGCAGUUAUGCAGAAGAUAACUAUUUCCUUUUUGUAGGUAGCCUCACCCUAAAACUUUCUUUGCAGAAAUGAGGUCCUUGCUUCAGUUUCAUUUCAUACUUUCCUUUUGCACAUCUCUUCCAUAGAUGUGGCACAUUGUCAAAGGAAAAUGGAGAGGUGACUUCAUUGCUGGAAAUCUUCACAUACUAAAAAAAACCCUAAACUAAGAAUGAAAAUGUUUGCCUGAUUGAAAAUAGUAAUGGUCCAAUGACUCCUUUGCUUUUUGUCCCUUGAGUCCUAUGGAUUCUACCAAUCACCCAGGAAUAGGUUACCCAGCAUGAACUUUGAAGCAGAGAUUCUGGCAGAUCCACACGAUAAUUCAGAGCUGUAUGUCAUCCCUUCCAUGAGAAGUCUCACGGCUGAGGAGUAUGUAGAGGCCUUUCAGUCAUUUUUGGAUCACUCAACAGAGCACCAGUGCAUGGAUGAGUUCAACAAGGAAGUGAUGCCUCACAUCAUGGCUGGUCUCGGCAAUGGAAAAUCGACUAUAAACAUUCUGGGAGUGGGGAGCGGCACAGGUGAACAGGAUCUAAAAAUGAUCCAGAUCCUGCAGGCUGCACACCCAGGGGUCCUUAUUAACAACGAAAUCAUAGAGCCCAACCCACAGCACGUGGCUGCCUACAAAGAGCUGGUUAAUCGAGCCCCAGAUCUGCAGGGGGUCUCUUUUACUUGGCACCAGCUCACUUCCUCAGAGUAUGAACAACAGGUGAAAGAGAAAAACACACACAAGAAGUUUGACUUCAUCCAUAUGAUUCAGAUGCUGUACCGUGUGGAAGAUAUUCCUAACACCAUCAAGUUUUUCCACAGCUGCCUCAACCAUCAGGGUAAACUCCUGAUCAUAAUUCUGUCAGACAGCAGCGGUUGGGCCAGCUUAUGGAAGAAGUACAGGCACUGCUUGCCUUCAACUGACAGCGGCCACUACAUCACCUCCGACAGCAUCACGGCAGUUCUGAGGAAGCUCAGCAUCAAGUACCACGUUUAUGAGUUCCCAUCGGGUUGGGACAUCACUGAGUGCUUCAUUGAGGGGGACCCAGCUGGAGGCCAUAUGAUGGAUUUCCUGACAGGGACAAAAAAUUUCCUGGGCACAGCACCAGCAGCUCUGCGGAGCCGCCUGCAGGAAGCUCUCUGCCAGCCCGAAUGCAGCAGCAGGAAGGAUGGGAGAGUCAUUUUCUGCAACAAUCUCAGUAUGAUUGUAGUGGAAUCCUAGAGCCUGGACCAACUUGCAGAGGUGACGUAGGGCAAUGCAAUUGUCCAAACGGCAAAGCAGAGAUAGGCAGGCAGUAGAGCAGGGUUCAUCCAUCCCAGUCUGGGAGGAUGGAGCGGCCUGUGAUGUCAAGGAUGAACUUUUUGUUCUGCUGAGCUCAAGAGUUCACCCUGGAUUGUUCAGUAUCAGCAGAAUUUGUUUCAGAAUGUAAAAAGCUGUAUUAUACUACAAGCCUGCAUGGAAAGUAUUUUAUUAUAGAAUUGCAGAAUUGUUUGAGUUGGAAGGGACUUUUAAAGGUCAUCUAGUCCUAGUUCCCUGCAAUGAACAGGGACGUGCACAGAUAGAUCAGUUGCUCAGAGCCCUUGAAUUGAUCUUGAAUUUCUUCAGGGAUGGGGCUUCCACCAUGUCUCUGGGCAACCUGUGCCAGUGCUUCACAACCUAUAUUGUAGAAAUCUUUUUCUUAUAUCUCAUCUAAAUCUCCCCUCUUUUAGUUCGAAACCAUUUCCCUUUUUCCUAUUAUAACAGAGCAGAGCUGCUAAAGAGGCUGACCCCUUCUUUCUCAAUGAUCCCUUUUAAAUACUGAAAGUCCACUCUCAGCUCUCCCUGGAACCUUCUCCAGGCUGAACACCCCCAGCUCUCAGCCUGUCCACAUAGGACAUCCUUUGGAUCAUUUUUUGUGGUCCUCCUCUGAAUGCACUCUGAAAAGUCCAUGUCUCUCCUGUACUGAGGACUCCACAUCUGGACACAGUACUCCAGGUGAGGUCUCAUCAGCACAGAGUAAAGGGGCAGGAUUGCCCUCUUCUCCCUGCUGCCCAUGCUUCUUUUGAUGCAGCCCGGGAUACAGUUAGCUUUCUAGGCUGAGGGCAAUUGCUGGCUCAUGUCUGGCUUAGCAACCACCAGUACCCUCAGGUUCUUUUCCGCAGGGCUGUGCUUUUUCCUAUCAUACCCCAGCUUUUAUUGAUAGUGAAGGUUGCCACUUUCCAGGUUCCUGACCUUGCACUGGGCU